GAGACGUACACGUUCUACUCGCUCCCUUUUUGCAGCAGCUUUCCAGUCGAGAAGCUGGAGCACCGGUACGACUGGCUCGGUGAGGUGCUGGAGGGGAACGACCUCAUCGCGAGCGGCUUCGAGCUGCGCUUUCGCGAGCCGGUGCCCGACCACACCAAGGUCUGCUCCAUGGAGCUGGACGAGGAGAGCGCGGCUCAGCUCAGCUUUGCGAUUCACAAUCACUACUGGUACCAGUGGUACCUCGACGACCUUCCCAUCUGGGGGAUGGUGGGCGAGCUCACCACCUCGGACAGCGACGAGGACGAGUCGCAGGCCGAGGCGCUCCUCUUCACGCACAAGCGCUCUCGCUGCCGCCCGCCGGAUUGCGGCCCUCGCAUCAUCCAAGUCAACCUGACGUCGGAGAACCCGGUCGCGCUGCACGCGGGCGCAAAGGUCGACCUGUCGUACUCUGUCGAGUGGACGGAGACGGAGACGCCCUUCUCGAAGCGCUUCGACCGCUACCUCGACUACGACUUCUUCGAGCACCAGAUCCACUGGUUCUCCAUCUUCAACUCCUUCAUGAUGGCGCCGCAAGCCCCGCCCGCCUCCGCCCAGCCUCCGCCUCCGCCCAGCCUCCGCCUCCGCCCAGCCUCCGCCUCCGCCCAGCUGGGCGGAGAAGCAAAGAGCUGCCUCACGGCGGCCUCCGCUGCGCCUCGU